UUUCCCCCUUUUCUCCUGUUCGUUUGUUUCUUCCUUGUCUCCACCUUCUUCACUCGCCUAUUAUACGUUGUCCUUCUCCGUCGAGAUCACUUCAACCAUGGUCUCUUUUUUUUCCCCCCCCUUGUAAACCAUGAUCUGAAUUGCUGCGGGAUUACUAUGUGUUUAGUCUUUGGUCUAUUGAUUUGAUCACUUCAUCUUUACAGAAUGUAACUAGUCAUUGUCCGUUUAAUUAUUUUGAUUUCAGUGUUGCAAAACCCUAGGUCAUCGUUUGUGAAAUAAAAAACAUUAUGCGAUAGAUACAUAUGCUAUGAUCUUCUGGAUGUUGAUGAACUUCACAUAUUGUAUGGACUAUAUUAUUAUAUUUGAUUUUAUCUCUGUACUUGUGCAUUCAUAUUUGAGCAAUGUAAAUCUAUACAGGUAUUAUAGACAUUAUCACCAUUCCCUGUGUUAGAUCUCUAUUGUUUAAAGUGGCCAAAAUGUAAACUUUUCUCAUAUAGGAAUAAAUAUGCAUUACAAAUAUAGAACCGGUGCAGCCAACACACAAGCUUACUGCUCGUUAAGGUUUUCUAGGGUUAAAGUAGGGAAAUUAUUUUUAAUCUCCUACUUAAUUCUCUCUAAUCCUCCCAUCCGAUUUGGUUUUGUUCCUUCUGAAUUUGUCUCUGAAUAUUUUAGAUCCCCCUCAUAUAGUUUCUCAAUUCCUUAUGAUAUUAAAUCAUUUAUGUAUUUUCCAUUUAUGCUAAGUAUCAUUAUCGUUCAUGUUAUCAUCUCUAUAAAAUAGGCCAUGUAUUAUCAUUAAAAUAUAUAUCAAAUGCAUUAACAUUAUUUCAUCACCAAAUUUUGUCAUUGUUGAGUUUCUUAUCCACAAUAUUGAAUCUUCAUCCUUCAUAAUAAAGAUCGGAGCUUCCAAACUUGUCAUUAUCAUCUUCAUCAUCACCAAGUUUGGAGUUGACUACAUAAAUCUUAUUCCUAUGUCGAGCUCUAUGCAUAUUUAUAUCACAACUAAUUAAUGUUUAUAAAAUUACUGAUGCAACAUCAAAAAUCGCACCACAAAAUCUCAAACAACUCAACCCAUAGCAGAGGAAAAAUAUUAUUAAACUGGAAGAUUAAUACAUGAGAUCUUUAUAUAUAUUCAAAAUAAUACCAAGUCACUUAAAAAGUCUAACUCAUCUCUAAAAUUAUAACCUACUUUUAAAAGGCUAAAUUUGCCUCUAAAAAUUAUAAUAAACUUUUAGCAACUCUUAAAAAUUAUUUUAAAUUGAUUCCAAUCCUCAAACUGCAUCAGUUAGACAAUUUUGACACUAUCAUGUAACUUUAACCUUUUUCACAUGGUCUUGGGAUUGACAUUGGUCGUUUUAGGAGCUUUCGACCUACUAUCAUAUUGGGAUCUCCAUAAGUUUUCAUUUGAUGCAUUAAAUUGGAUAUUCUUUUCCUACUUUUUGUUGGUCCAUAAAAAGUUAAGUUUUUCUUAAGCUGCUAAAAUGGCACAAGCUGCAAGGUUGAAUCUGAGACUGCAAAAGGAACUUAAGGUGCUCGUGACUGACCCACCUCCUGGCGUUUCCUUUCCUUCACUUUCUGAUAAUCAGAACCAAUCAUCUCUUUCACUGCUUUCCAUUGAGUCCUGCAUCGAGGGACCUGAAGAAACUGUAUAUUCUAAAGGCAUUUUCAUUGUGAAGAUCGAAAUCCCUGAAAGAUAUCCAUUUCAGCCACCUAAUGUGACCUUUGUUACACCAAUUUACCAUCCCAACAUUGACAAUGGAGGGCGUAUUUGUCUUGAUAUUCUUAAUUUACCGCCAAAGGUAAAUGAUUCAGUUGUAGACUAUUUGCUUAAGGGUGCAUGGCAACCAUCAAUGAACAUCUCAACUGUUUUAACCAGCAUUCGUUUGCUACUGAGUGAGCCUAACCCAGAUGAUGCCUUAAUGGCUGAAAUUAGCAGGGAGUACAAGUACGAUAGGCAUGUCUUUGAACAGAAGGCCAGAACGUGGACAGAGAGAUACACUAAUCCUGACUUUACUGGGAAAAUAGAUAAUCAUGCUGUUUCAACCAGCCUAAAUGUAGCACCUUUAGAAGCUCAUGGAGCUUUAGUUCCAGAAAAUCCAGACCAAGGGAGUGACAGGAUGAGAAAGAAGCUUCGCCUAUCAUUUACAAAACCGACAACAACACCAGUUAUGCCAUCUGGAAUGAACAACAAUGCUGAAAAGGAGGUUAUUGUAUUGACUGACGAGAUAUUAGAUAUGCCAGCCAAACAGAGUGGCAGCGUGAGGAAGCUUCACCUACCAUGUCAAAACUUGUCUGCAAAAACAUUGAUGCAGUUUGCAACGAACAACAAUGUUGAAAAGGAAAAAAUAACACUUGCUUGCAAGAGAGAGAAGCAGAUGACUUCAUGCUCCAAAUUGUUCCAGUAUUCCAGUGCCGAUUUUGACGAUGCUUCAACAGUUGAUCCUAAGAAGCUGGAAGCUACUCCAGAGUUCCUAGAUAGCAUCAUUGUAUCUGACAGCGAAGAAAGUGAUGAUGAUGAUAAUCCACCUUUACAAUCAAGGUUCUCUAGAUUAAGGAAUCAAGCGUCAGGAGAUUGGAAAAAUUAGCGGCAGAAAUAACUGGAUGCUUUUGGUUUUGUGUUAGUUGGAAAUUGAGCUAGUUUAACCAUGUAUCUUUAAUCUUCUGAAUCCUAUACCUUUCAAGCUGAUGCUUAGUUCUCUCAAAAAGUAUUAAUGAAAAAAAAAAUACACUGGAUCAAUCA